AGUAUGUGACGCCGAACACAGCCGAGUUCUUUUCAGGACUGCCUUUGAACUGGACGAAGCCCUUGGCGAAUUGCGUGGACGCGUGGGUCUUUGACCAAAUGUUCCCGGGCGCACGUGGCCAGGCUGGGAAAUAUCCAUACAUUUCGCUCUUCAGCGGAAUCGGGGGGCUGGACUUAGCCCUUGCAAAGUGGAUUUAUCCAGUGGCCUAUGUCGAAUGCGACGGCUUUUGCCAAAGCAUCCUGAAGCUUCGCAUGUCCGAGGGCUUGCUCCACCAUGGCCCGGUUUUUCCAGACGUUCAAGAUUUUCACGGCGGUGACCUCCCAGCGGCCGGCGUUGCAGGGGGCUUCCCAUGCCAGGGCGUGUCGACUGCGGGCAAGCAACUCGGCUUGUCCGACGCACGCACGGGGCUUCUGUCCCAUGUGUUCCGCAUUUAUGAUAGCUUGCCAGCAGACCGCAGGGAGUUCAUGGUUUUGGAGAAUGUUGCCAGCAUUUUGCACCGCAAGUCCGAGAUGCGCGAGAUUAUCCUGUUCAUGGUCAAGGCGUGCAAGUCACGUGGACUUACCUUGCAUUGGGCAUCAACCUGCCUGGAUCAGGUUGGCUUGGCGGCUUUCCGCGGGCGAGUAUUCUUCUUUGCCCACUUCUGAAGGCAGAGCUCAGGCCUUUGUCAGAGCUCCUCCAAGUAGAUUGGAACCAUUGGAACAAGUUGCCAAUGAGCCAGUGGCUGAGCUGUGCCACGCAGGAGCACGAUCGUGAGAGGUUGAAGACCCUAGGCAACGUCGUUGUUCCCGCGUGUGGAACGCUUGGAAUGUCACUUCUUUUGCGCAUGAGUGCCGCGCGCUGAUUUCCCAUGGCAAGUUUGUGCGCGGGUGGGUCACGAAGUGA